AUGACUUUGUUUCACUUCUCUUCAACUUCUCUGUUUCUUUUGAUUCACAUUGCUCUGUUUUCAAGUUUCUCUCUUGCAGCAGACCCAACUGUUUCUUAUGACUUCAAGCUAUCUUACAUCACUAUCUCUCCUCUUGGUGUUCCUCAGAAGGUUCCGCUUUAUUCUUUCCGCAGACUGUUUUCCCCCCAUUUUGUUGACGCUUUGUUCUUGGGGGUUUUUCUGGGUUCUUUGUGUUUGUUUAUUGGUUCGUGGGAUCUGGUUAUAGCAGUCAAUGGACAGUUUCCUGGUCCUCUUGUUAAUUCUACUACUAACAACAACGUUGUUAUAAAUGUUAAAAAUGACUUGGAUGAAGACUUCCUAAUGACAUGGCCCGGGAUCCAAAUGCGACGUAAUUCAUGGGAGGAUGGAGUUCGGGGCACAAACUGUCCAAUUCAUCCAAACUGGGACUUUACUUACAAGUUUCAAGUAAAAGAUCAGAUUGGGAGCUUUUUCUACUUUCCGUCUCUUAAUCUUCAAAGAGCAUCGGGUGGCUUUGGUCCCUUUGUUAUUAAUAACAGGCCAAUUAUUGAAAUUCCUUUCGCUCAGCCGGAUGGUGAUUUUAUCCUUCUGAUUGGUGACUGGUAUACACGAAACCAUACGGCAUUGAGAGCUGAUCUUGACUCUGGAAAAGACCUUGGAAUGCCUGAUGGGGUCUUAAUUAAUGGGAAAGGACCUUACAGAUACAACACAACUCUUGUUCCUGAUGGUUUACCUUAUGAAACCAUUAACGUUGAUCCAGGCAAGACUUACAGAUUUCGUCUGCACAAUGUUGGGACUUCUACUAGUUUGAACUUUAGAAUCCAGGGACACAAUCUGCUUCUUGUGGAAACAGAGGGAUAUUAUACUGUGCAACAGAAUUAUACUAGUUUUGAUAUUCAUGUUGGGCAGUCUUGUUCCUUUUUGGUUACCAUGGAUCAGAAUGCUACUAGUGAUUACUACAUUGUAGCAAGUGCUCGGUUUGUGAAUGAAUCACUUUGGCAAAAAGUCACGGGUGUCGGCAUUUUGCACUAUUCCAAUUCAAAAGGACCUGCAACUGGUCCUCUGCCUGAAGCACCAAGUGAUAUUUAUAACCAGUGGUCAGCCAUGAACCAGCCAAAGGCCAUCAGGCAAAAUACAACUGCAAGUGGGGCUCGUCCAAAUCCACAAGGGUCUUUUCACUACGGUUCAAUCAAUGUUACUGACACAUAUAUCUUAAGGAGCUUGCCACCUUCUACCAUCGAUGGGAAGCUGCGUGCAACUCUGAAUGGGAUAUCAUUUGUCAAUCCGGAUACACCAAUCCGGCUUGCUGACCUCAACCAAGUGAAGGGAUCUUACAAGCUUGAUUUUCCCACUGAACCGCUUAACAGACCUCUUCGGAGGGACACUUCUGUCAUUAAUGCGACAUAUAGGGGGUUUAUAGAAGUCAUAUUGCAGAACAAUGAUACCAGAAUGCAGAGCUUUCACAUGGAUGGUUACUCCUUUUUUGUUGUUGGGAUGGACUGGGGGAUCUGGUCAGAGAAUAGCAGAGGUUCGUACAAUAAGUGGGAUGCUAUUUCUCGCUGCACAGUAGAGGUUUACCCUGGGGGAUGGACAGCAGUCCUUGCUUCCCUUGACAAUUCUGGAAUAUGGAAUCUGAGAGUAGAAAAUCUUGAUAGAUGGUAUCUUGGCCAAGAAACAUAUAUGAAAAUCAUUAACCCUGAGGAAAAUGGUGAAACAGAGAUGCCUCCCCCUGAUAAUGUUUUAUUUUGUGGGGCUCUUGCUUCCAGACAGAAGGAUCUAAGUAACAAAUCUGCAGCAUCGAUUCUCCACGGCAAUCCCAAUCUGUUUUUCACUCUGCUGAUGGCAAUAUGUGCCGCGGAUGUUCCAGCAAAAGAUUCUCAUGUUUCCUGGGGCAGGACAGGAAGCACUGAUUUGGUAGGGAUUGGGUUGACAGAGUCCAGCAUUUCCAACUUCUUCCAGAUGGGUUGGGCUAGGCCUUACUCAGCUAGCUCCCAUAAUGAAACUGGAAGCCGCCAAAGUUAG